GCAAAAUUUUCCCGCCAAAUUCUCUGCAAAACCCUAGAUCCGCCAUGGAGGAGGAGAUCAUGUUGGAGUUUAAAAAGAUAGGAUUUUCGUUCCACAAAGAGGAAGAAGAAGAAGUGCUGAAGAAAUGUCUCACGUUUUGUAUAAAUUACAAGCUCAGCCCGUCCGAUCUGGUUUCGAGCUGGGAAGUUUACUAUCUCAACAGGCAACUCGACGAAUCAGUUGUUGGAAAUGCUCUGAUGGAUGGGUUUUUACUGCACCUCCAAACUGAGCAGAAAGAAGCAGUUAUUAAAGAGGAACCCCAUUUGCAUAUCUAUUCAAGUAACGAUGUUGAUAUGAUUUUAAGUGAUGAACAUGAAGAGAUAAAAGAAGAUAUCCUUGGUACUCCUUCAGACAGAUCUGGAAGGCACCAUGCUGAUCCCUUUGAUUCAGCCCAGCGAACAAAUGGGAACAGCUCCUCUUAUGGAAAACCAUCAAACCAUGUGACACCAUUCGGCAAACGAACAAGCAAGUUUGUAGUGCAAUUAACAGUCAAUAACCCACCCAGUGCAGAGAAUGGAAAAAAUGAGAAUAAGUUUGAGAAUGUUGAUGAUGAUAUUAUUAGGAGAGUACAACCCAGCAAACGAUGUUCCUUGCUAGUUCAUGGAUCACGGCCUGAACCAGGUUGCAGGUUCAUGUAUGACAGGAUUGAAGACAGGUUUAACUCUCUCGAAAACCGUAUCAAAAAACAUACGACAGCGCUUGUUGCCACUGGACUGUAUGAGGAACCAACAGAUCCUACAGUUGCUUCACAGAAAAGUGUAUUUGCAACUGGCAUGAUCUGUUGUGAUGGAGAAGGUCGUUUGAAUGAGAAGUCUAUCUUGUUGCAAAGCAGUGUUCAGCAUUCUGGAGGGCAACGGGUACGUCUUGACCUAUCAAAAUUGAAUCAGUUUUCCAUAUUUCCAGGCCAGGUGGUGGGCAUAGAGGGGCACAAUCCCAGUGGACACUGUUUGAUUGCAUCAAAAAUAUUAGAUUCUAUUCCUGUUUCUGCUCCUACUGAUGUGGAUUUGCAUCCUGCAAAGAAGCAGGCUCGGGAUGAAGAGUUCCAGUCUGCUGAUUUAUCCCACAAGCUAGCAGAGCUAUCAUUGAUGGUUGCAGCAGGCCCUUUUACCACAACUGACAACUUAUUGUUUGAGCCUCUAACAGAGCUUCUAGCAUAUGCAAGAAGAAAGAUGCCUCAGUUGCUUAUACUGCUGGGACCAUUUGUUGAUUCUGAACAUCCAGAGAUUAGGAAAGGAACAGUGGACAGGAGCUUUGAUGAAAUAUUUCAUCUGGAAAUUCUCAGAAGGUUACAAGAUUAUGUGGAAUAUAUGGGUUCUGCAGCUCGUGUAAUUCUUGUGCCAUCUAUACGAGAUGCUAACCAUGACUUUGUUUUUCCUCAGCCUGCUUUUAGUAUUCAUCCACCCGAUCUCAAACAUCAGAUAACCAGUCUCACAAAUCCAGGGAUGUUUGAUGCAAAUGAGGUCAAGGUCGGGUGCUGCACAGUUGAUGUUAUCAAACAGCUCAGUGGAGAAAUGAUUUCACGAAAUCCUACAGAUGGGUCAUCCAGGGAUCGCAUGACUACCAUUGCAAACCAUAUUCUCAGCCAGCGCAGUUUCUAUCCUUUAUAUCCACUGGCGGAAGGCAUUCCUCUGGAUUUCUCACUUGCUCCAGAAGCUCUUGAGGUCUCUACUAUUCCCGAUGUUCUCAUCCUCCCAUCAGAUUUGGCUUCUUUUGUAAAGGUUCUAUCCCUGGGUGGAAGAAAUGAAGGGGAAGAGCUAGUGAAGUGCAUUUGUGUGAAUCCAGGAAGACUGGCCAAGGGUGAAGGUGGGGGUCACUUUGUGGAGCUUAACUACCAAGGGAGUCCAGACAAAACGAGUGCUUCAGUCAUCCGCAUAUAGCCCUUAAACUGCAGUGUGCAUUAAAGUGAUCCAGGAGCUGUCCUAGAAGAUAAUAGUUCACGAUCCAGAAGAGUUUAUCGGAUUGACCAUUGUUCAAAAAACUCCACACCCUGCAAUAGACCAUAUUGGUCACAUGUGCUUCGAUUCGGACUUCAGAUGAUUACAAUGAGAUAGGGCAUAUGAGAUUGGUGAUGAUAUCAGGGGGGUUUACCCCGACUGUUCUUUUGCUCAUGCAAAUAAUAAUUCCUGUCAUCAGUUGUAUGUUUAACCUAGCCGGUGUACCAAUGCAAGUUUUAUUUUGUAUUCAGCAAUUUCUACAAUUAUCCACCAGAGGAGCAUUCUAACACCUUCUCAGUGGGACAGCUGGGGAGGCAUGUCACUAUUUGUUUAUUAUAUUUACAUCUCGGUGUAUCUAUUCUAUAUA